AGGCCAGCAGACAAGGAAAAAAAAAAGUGGACGUGAGCAAGCUCUCACGUGAUGUGGGCGUUCACGUGACUAGGACUACACAUGACUUCCAAUCCACCGGCGCCUCCUGGAGAGCAAGGACGCAAGGAAGCAGAGAUGCUCCGAGCCGCGCUGUCUCCACUGCUCUUGCUGCUGCUUGUGUCCUGGGCAUCCCGGGGCGAAGCGGCUCCGGACCAGGAUGAAAUCGAUUGCCUCCCCGGCCUGGCCAAACAACCCAGCUUCAGGCAGUACUCCGGCUACCUCAGAGCCUCGGAUUCGAAGCACUUUCAUUACUGGUUUGUGGAGUCGCAGAAAGACCCGAAGAACAGCCCGGUAGUGCUUUGGCUCAACGGGGGUCCUGGCUGCAGCUCCCUAGAUGGGUUCCUUACAGAGCACGGCCCCUUCCUGAUCCAGCCAGACGGUGUCACCCUGGAGUACAACCCCUAUUCUUGGAAUCUGAUCGCCAACAUGCUGUAUAUUGAGUCCCCAGCUGGAGUGGGCUUUUCCUACUCAGACGACAAGACCUACGUGACCAACGACACAGAGGUGGCUCAGAACAAUUUCGAAGCCCUGAAAGAUUUCUUUCGCCUCUUUCCGGAGUACAAGGACAACAAACUCUUCCUGACGGGGGAGAGCUACGCUGGCAUCUACAUCCCUACCUUGGCUGUUCUGGUCAUGCAGGAUCCCAGCAUGAACCUUCAGGGGCUGGCUGUGGGCAACGGACUUGCCUCCUAUGAACAGAAUGACAACUCCCUGGUCUAUUUUGCCUACUACCAUGGUCUUCUGGGGAACAGGCUUUGGACUCUGCUCCAGACCCACUGCUGCUCUCAGAACAAGUGCAACUUCUAUGACAACAAAGACCCAGAAUGCAUCAACAACCUCCAGGAAGUGUCUCGAAUUGUGGGCAAAUCUGGCCUCAACAUCUACAAUCUCUACGCCCCGUGUGCUGGUGGGGUGCCCGGCAGUGAUAGAUAUGAGGACACUCUUGUGAUUCAGGAUUUCGGCAACCUCUUCACUCGCCUGCCACUCAAGCGGACCUUCCAUCAGGCACUGCUGCUGCGUUCUGGGGACAAGGUACGCUUGGAUCCCCCCUGCACCAACACCACAGCCCCCUCCACCUACCUCAACAACCCGUAUGUUCGGAAGGCCCUCCACAUCCCUGAGAAGCUGCCCCGCUGGGACAUGUGCAACUUCGUGGUGAACUUACAGUACCGCCGUCUCUACCAGAGCAUGAAUUCCCAGUACCUGAAGCUGCUCAGCUCACAGAAAUACCAGAUCCUACUGUACAAUGGCGAUGUGGACAUGGCCUGCAAUUUCAUGGGGGAUGAGUGGUUUGUGGAUUCCCUCAACCAGAAGAUGGAGGUGCAGCGUCGGCCCUGGCUGGUGGACUACGGGGAGAGUGGAGAGCAGGUAGCCGGCUUUGUGAAGGAGUUCUCCCACAUUACCUUCAUCACCAUCAAGGGCGCUGGACACAUGGUCCCCACGGACAAACCCCGAGCUGCCUUCACCAUGUUCUCUCGAUUCCUAAACAAGGAGCCUUACUGAGGGGACCCAUGGAAGUCCUCAGUUCUCCAGCCCCUCCCAGCCUCUCUCAGCAGA